AUGAAUCCUUCUAUUGUCCUGGCUGCAUUUUGUUUGGGAAUGGCUUUAGCUGCUCCCAUGUGUGAUUACAGUUUAGAUGCGCGAUGGAACCAGUGGAAGGUGAAACACAGGAAAUCAUAUGGAACGAAUGAAGAAGGAUGGCGGAGAGCAGUGUGGGAGAAGAAUAUGAAAGUGAUCGAGCAGCACAAUCGGGAAUACAGGGAAGGGAAGCAUGGCUUCACGAUGGCCAUGAACGCCUUUGGGGACAUGACCAAUGAAGAAUUCAACCAGAAGAUGAAUGGUUUUCAACGCCAGAAGCACAGGAAGGGGAAAGCGUUCCAGGCACCUCCGCUUUCUGAUUUCCCCCCAUCUAUGGAUUGGAGAAAGAAAGGCUUCGUGACUCCUGUGAAGUUUCAGGGUCCGUGUGGUUCAUGUUGGGCUUUUAGCGCGACCGGUGCUCUUGAGGGGCAGAUGGUCUGGAAAACUGGCCAACUUGUGGCACUGAGUGAGCAGAACCUGGUGGACUGCUCUGGGCCUCAAGGCAAUUUAGGCUGCGAUGGUGGUUGGAUGGAGUCUGCCUUCCAGUAUGUGCUGGAAAACGGAGGCCUGGACGCUGAGGAAUUCUAUCCAUACAUGGCCGCUGAUGAAGACUGUAAGUACAAGCCUGAGUAUUCUGCGGCUAAUGACACUGGCUUCAUAGACAUCCCUGAGGGGGAAAACUCUCUGUUGUCUGCUGUGGCCACUGUGGGACCUAUAUCUGUGGCGAUUGACGCAAGCCAAGACUCGUUCCAGUUCUAUGGCGAAGGCAUUUAUUAUGAGCCAAACUGCAGCAAGGAAAAGACAAAUCACGCUGUUCUGGUGGUUGGCUACGGCCACGAAGGAGUAAAACCGGAUGAAAACAAAUACUGGUUGGUGAAGAACAGCUGGAGCACAUACUGGGGCUUAAACGGCUACAUAAAGAUGGCCAGAGACCGGAAUAACAACUGUGGAAUUGCUUCAUAUGCCAGCUACCCCACUGUGUGA